AUGGAGGACGGAGGUGUGGAGCUCGCGACGAUGCCGCCGCAUGCCGCGGAGGAUGGCGAUAUGGAGCUCGCCAAGACGAUGCCCAUCGCUAACAUCAUCUACCUGGUGCCGUGGAGGAUCGUGACGAGUCGUCCUCUGAUUGGAGGAUCGUCCACCAUAACCCCCCGCUCCCGCAGAGACAGAACCCAAAGGUUCACCUUCUCUUGCGCCCUCCCCGCCGCGACGCCGCCCUCCCCGCCGCCGCGCCGCCCGUUCCCCCUCGUGCCGCCCCUUCCCCCUUCCGGCGCGGGAGAUCCGGUUCCUAUGGCUGCCCGCGCUUCACGGCUAGCGAGGGUUGGCGCUUGUGGACUGCUUAGCUGGAACACCCCCCCGUCUCCUACUCAAAACAUCAUUCAUUCAAAGGAGCGUUGGCUGAUGAGGAAGCCAUGUUUGUUUAGAAAUCCUACUUCGUCUAUUCAGGGUGGCGAUGACAGAUCCAAUCUUCUGUGGAAUGGCCUAGCUUUUGCAGUAGCAUCAAUAUCAGCAUUGCUCUUGUCACAGGAGCGAGUCAGCGCUGCUGAUGAACCACCCAGAGAGAUCACUGCAGAGGAUAUUGCUGCUUGGAUCAGGGAACUGCCUGAUGAUGAAGAGGACCAGUUCAUCAAAAGACAGCAAUUUGAUGCAUGGGUGAAGCAGUGCAACAAGGAAUACUCCAGUGAGUCUGCAAAAGAGUAUAGGUACCAUCUAUUCAAAGGAAGAUCGUCCUAUCUAGAGCUCUGCAGUAAAGUCAAAGAUGAGGCCUUUAGAAGACAAAUGACAAUGGCGGCAGAUCUUACUGAGGACUAGUUUAUUUUUAUGACCCGUCUUCCGCCUGACAGCGUUGAUUGGCGAGCGCUAGGUGCAGUAACCAGUGUAAGAGACCAGUUAGCCUGUGGAUCUUGCUGGGCCAUUGCACCUGUUGAAGCAACUGAAGCUUUGCACUGGAUAUUGUAUGGAGAACUACUGCAAGAACUCCCCCCCCCCCCCGGCCCUCGCGUCGCCCCCCUGGGCGACUAGGGUUCCGCGGCCGCCGCCACCCCCCUCCACGCCCUUCUUCCCCUCGCCGCUACCGGAGACGGCCGCCGGGAAGCCUGCGCGGGCACCGGUGAAGGUGGCGGCGAGGAUGUAGGCGCUCCAUCCCCUCUCGGAGGCCUGCGGUUCCUGGGGCGGCGGCCCCAACCGGAGAGGCGGCGUUGUCGGGCGGUGGGCGGCGUUCGCAGGGGUGCUGGCCAGUGUGCCUGGCCGCGCGGGCGGCGGGUGGUUGGUGGAAUCCGGCCGCGGCGCGAAGAUUCUUCGUCAGAUCUGGAGGUUCGAAAUCCCUUCCCGGCUACCUCUCUCUCGCCGUCGGCGGUGGCUUGUGAUUUGCUCUCUGGCCCUGGCGUUGGUGCGAGUUGGUGGACAGCUAGGGGACCGGGGGAAACCUUGGCCGGUCCGGCCGGUCCGGCGGCGGCAACGCCCAAGGGCGCUGCUUUCCUCCAUGGGGGCGCAGCCGAGAUCCCCUGCUUCCACCCCGACUCACCCUGCCCGGGUGAAAACCUUAUAUCCUCUCGGAUUUGGCGGCGGCGGCGCCUUGCGCGCCGUGACCUUGCUGGAGGCGCCGUUAGGGAGGCGGGAUGCGGUCGGGAGGCGCUGCAGGUGAGGGACGGAGCUGCCUCCUCUUCAUCGUCCGAUUCCACGAAGCGUAUUUCCACCUAGCUGGGCAUGGACCGUGGCGGAGCGGCCGGCUAGGGAUAUCCCAAAUUGAAGUGGCCGCACUAUGUCCACCUUCCGAUGUGAGGGCGGCAUUCUUCGAGCUCUAGGGUGAGCUCCUCGAAACCCCGACGGUGCGGCGCCUACGAGCCAUGGCGAGGGGGUAGGGUCCCUCUUCGGUGAUUGAGAUGGAAGAUGUUGUUCCCCUUCUUCUCUAGGUGUUCCUGGAGCAUGGCCAUCUUUGAAGGUCGGAUAUGCCCUGCUUUGCUGCUCUGCUUUUCCUCAUAUGAUCCUAGUGUGGAGUGCUCGGCCUUUGCAAGCUGUAAUCUUAAUUUCCUUUGCAUUAGCUGCUUGUGGAGGUUGUAGUUAGCGUUUCAGUCCAGUGUUCCCAUUGUAUCCUUCUGACCGCUGUAAUUUGGUUGUUUGCUGUAACUCCUGGCCGGUUGAUGGCUUUGUUAAUUCAAAGCCGGGCUCCUCG